UGGGCAGUGCUGAGCUGUAAUUGGUGGAGAGGUGUGUCGAAAUUCUGACUGAGCGAAAAAGAGAGACGGUAGGUUCAUGAAAGGAAAGAGCGGAGGAGAUCCAGAUAGGCGAGACUGAACCACGUUUCUACCUGCUGCAGGUGAGUUUGUUUAUACUUAUAAACGUGACUGCAGACUGAGAAAGUCAGAGGCUUACAGCAGACAACUCUGUCGGUACGUGGAAAAGGAAACCUGAGCUUUAAGAGCAGAGCAGGAAGAGGCUUCAACAGCCUGUACUGUCAACAUUGCACACACUUAUGGUCAUGAUUUAAAUCUGCUGAAGGCAUGUUGUUAUGAAACGCCACACUUUCUGUAAGUAGCUGAGGGAGGAACACACAGCCGCUCUUCAGAGUUAUAUCAAACUGAGGGGGUCUAACUAGGGAGACCGGGAAUUGUCACUCUUUUAACACUUUUGUAUAUUUCUUUGAAUCAGUACAUCAUAUAUAAGCAAAACGUGUACCAUAUGAAAGACCAAAGUCUCAGGUAUAUAUUUCGUAUUCAUGUCAUUUUCAUAUCUUGUGUCAGUGCAGAGUUAUAAGCAUUAAAGUGGAGAGUGUGAACAUGUGACAUGUUUCCCCACCAUCGGGUAAGUUGUCUCACUAUAUGGGGUAAGAUGUCUCAGUACAUUUUGCAGCUAAUAAAACAAAAUAAUUGUUGUUCUCGUUGUUUUACAUGAAAGUGAGCAUCAAAGUCAGGCACAGAAAAUAUUUAUCAUUGAGCUAGAGAAAGUCAUUGAACAUAGUCAUUGAACAAACGUUAACAUAAGAUAUUAUCAACAUGCUCUGAAGUUUGAAGAGCUGUCUGACUCUGUAUUUUGGCUGAGGUGAAUGUUUUGCAGUACGGUAUGGUAGGGUAUGGUAGUUGACAUUAAAGUCCUUUAUUGUAGUCCAGAUUGAUUUAUUAGCUAGGGUCACCUGCCUGACUGCCCUCAGCAUCACGUCAGGUACUGCACUUCCAUGGUCUGUUUUUCUUUUGUAAUUCCUGACCAUGUCUUCUUGCUUUCUCCCCUCUCCUUUUAACCAAUCUUUUCUCUGUGAAAAUCAAGUCAAAGUUUUAAUAAGACAACUGCUCAUAAGCAGACUCUCUGUGUUAAUUUUAAUCCCUUUCAAACAUGUGACAACUAACCCCAAAAUGACUGAGACAUGUUGCCCCAAACUACAGUGUUUGCUAAUUCGAGCUCUAGCUUAAAGUCCAUAUGUUUCACUGAUAGGCUUUUUAUCUGGAAGAUGCAUAUUUUAAAAUAUAUUAAGUUUUUUUUUUAAUUUUUUUUACUUUGGGUUAUGGAAAUGGUUGGUUGGUGCUCAUCUCAGCUCACAAUUUUCUCUUCUGAGACAGGGCACGACCCCUGAACAUGUAAAGGAAUAAAACGAGUAUUCUACUUUUCAGUUGUGGCCUCUGGCAGCAAAGAUAAUUGCAAUGUGACAACUUACCCAUGUGACAUCAAGCCCCGGUCUCCUCUAUUCACUUAGUGAUGUAGAGAGUUAUCAUUCCAACAUAUGCUGUUUCUGAUUCCUCCAUUCUGGAGCGCUCGCAUUCCUGUUUUUAUAUCUGCUCAUGAAUAAGCUUACAUUAGUCCUGAUGUAUCUGCGAGAGCUACAAAAUCAUAAACUCUGAUAACUUCCAUAUACGACCACAACUCCAAGAAACAGCUGAACCCCAGAGAGAAAAAUUACAAACAUGAUGAGAAUUUGAUAGUUUGUGAAUCAGUCUGUAUUCAGUGAGAAAUGAUGCAAAGUAAGUAUCAGCUAAUACACUUGAUAGUUCUAUGAAAAAUGUCUGCUCAGUCAAGGGUUAGGAUUAGAGCCUUGUUUGGUCUUUUUCUUUGACUCAUUUGUGCAGCACGAUUGCUGUUUGUGCAGUUUUUUGGGGUUAUUGCUGCACAUUUUUGCCCUUGCAACUGUUUCAACAUUUGUGUUGUUUUUAGGACUUUUGCAUGAGCUUUUUAAGUAUUGUCAUUUCUGCAUUUGAGGUGAAUUUCUUGGCUCUUGUUGGACACCAUAUAGGAUUGAUGGCAACAAACUUGUUUUGAAAAGUUGUCAGAGGAUCAACCAAAAAGGGGAAAAUGUUGUGUCAUGUUAACAAACAGAAAGAUUUAGAAGAUCUUUUUUACCAACAGCCAUCAGGCUUUAUAAGUCUUAUGUAAAUAAAAUAUAACUUUUAUAGACAUAUUUCGUGAGACAACAGACAAUUGAAUUUCCCUUCGGGGAUCAUACAUUUCUUUUUCUUCUUCUUAGAAUUAACACAAACUUGAAGUUCCUCAAAGAAGCUUAAAAGAAAUUUUGAGAAUAGGGUGUGGGUAAAUCUUUGAGGGAAAAGCUUUAUGUAGGACUGUAACAACUGGUUUAUAAUGUCUCAAACAAACAUCAGUUUUUGAAACAGUUUAUCCUUUUCUUUUUAAUCUUGGUUACUUUUCAUCAUUUGACUUGACCGCCUCAUGGCAAAGUAUGUUUAUGGUAUGGAGUUCAGUACUUUAAACUGUAAAUCUCUCUUUAAAUCUUAGAACAAAUAAAUUAAAGUUUGGUAAUGUGGUGAUCUGUUGCUGCAAGACAUAGAAAGAGAGAAGUAUCUGUUACAGGACUUUCAUUGAGAUGUUUGAUCACAUUACUCGCCCUACUGUCCAGGUCCAUUACAGCCCCAAGGGGGCACCUAUUUGUGUGUUUUUGAGUCUCAGUUUGACUGUAAAUAGUCAGUUACACAGGCCUUCACUCUGGCUGACAUCAGUGUGGACCUAAAACAGAAACUGAUUUUCUCCUUAUUAAUGGGUCCUCACCAAUGGUGGGAGCUGAGAUGUCAUUACAAAGGACAGUGUUCCUCCUGUCAAUACACUCUUUUUCCUGCAGACUACCUAAAUUAGAGUACCUGUAUCUAAAAUACUUGCCACAACGUGGUAAGGGUCCCUGUGCUCAGCUUGUCCAAUCAGAAAGCUUUGUUACAACUACCUUUUGUAUAAUAAACAUAAAGUAUAGCGGUAAGUUAGACUGAUCUCAGUCUGGUGGCAGUCAGACACCAGUGGUCAAAAGUUCAGGUUGAGUCCUCUUGGGUGUUUCAGGUAAAAAGAUCAGGUGAGUGUGUGUCUCUGUGAGGACAGUAACAGGUGUGUCCUCUGUGUCCUCUGAGAGAUGGGGGGUCAGGCCUCGUCUCCGGUCUCACUGGAGGGCGUCCAUGUGGUGGUGGUAGGCGGGGGGUUUGGAGGCAUCGCAGCGGCUCAGCAGCUGAAGUCUGGAGGCUUCAGUUUCACAUUGAUCGACAUGAGAGACGCUUUCCAUCAUAAUGUGGCUGCACUCAGAGCGUCUGUAAAGCCAGGUACUAACCGCACUCACCUGAGUAUUACACGCUAAAUGCUCUGAAAUGUCAGAUCCCACACAUUUUUAUUAUUUAUUCUUGAUUACUUAUAUUUGUUCUCUGAAACUUUAUUGGAUAUUUCACAUUUUGUGCACACACACACUGAUGAGUGCUCUCCACAUUGAAAAUAGAUUGCAGGCUUUGACCUUUGACCCCUGUUGUUCUACAGGCUUUGCUCAGAGGACCUUUAUCCCGUAUGCUAAGACGUUCGGGGACAGUUUUGUCCAGGGUCAGGUGGUGCGGGUGAACAUGGAAACACAAUCAGUGAUCCUGGAGGGAGGGAAGGUGAGAGCACCUGACUCCGUCUGAAGGGGUGGGACUAAAAAACAAGCUUUAUCACAGGCACGUGUGAGAAUGAUCAACAUAAACACAAAACAUCAUAACCCACCUUGAAGACGGGUCAGUUACACUAACCACUGCUAUUUUUAUAAUUGUAGGUGUUGGGUAUUGGGCUCAGGACCCUCCACUAGGCAGGGCUGUAGCUCAAGUUCAUGUUUACUGGUAUUCUGCUGUGAUGCUUCUCUAUCUGGAUCUAAACAGUCCCAGCUGACAGAUGUUAUGUUGUAGAAAGGUGUGUUAAUGACUGAGUUACAGUGUGUGUUAGAGGAACAACAUAAGGCAUGAACAUGACCUUUGACCCUCCCUGGUCUCCUUGGUUAUCACCAACAUCAUUACUGUGUUAUCUGUAGUAGAGGCUCAAGCAUCUUUCUACAUAAGAUGACAUCUUCCCCCCUUUUUUUUUAGCAACCCAGCCACCAAAUAGAACUGUAAGUCAUUGUAAGGAUGCCUAGCCCAUGUUCACACUUUAAAAAAUGGAAGUUCCACACAAAUGAUCAUUUUGACAAGCUUUACCGGUUGCAGAUCUGGGUGACAGCUUCAUCAUGCCACACGUGUAACGCAGGUGUCACUUAAGUGUAAAAAAGAUUGGUCUGAGACUGUUCAAGUAUAUAUAGUCGCCCACGUUUCCAAACAUUCCGUGCGUCUUGUUGACAGAAAGGAGAGUAUUUGUAGGGUAAUAACAAAGCACAACAUAUUUUGGGAGCCCUAGUGGUGUUAAACACGGGUACAAAGUCCUUGUUGAGGAUAGUUGUUGGAGGCCCAUGGCUCCAGAAAUCUAGCACUAAAGUAUCUGAGGUAUUUGAGUGACACAGCUCCACCACCCCAAAGGCUGACAUGACUGGCUAUAGAAAAUCACCCUAACAGUUAUUAACAAGUUUACACUAUAAACGUCAUGAUUUUAAUGAUAAUACAUUUGACUCUAAUUAUGAAGGGGCUUCAAACUUGUCUUUUGUAAAAUUUAUGUAAGUUUUAUUUUCUUAGAUGUUUUCAAAUUCCGAUUUAUUGAAAUUAAUCUGAGGAUGUGUUGGUCUGAGCUGCAGGAAAUCAAGUUCUCCCACCUCAUUCUCUGCACUGGGACUGAUGGAAACUUCCCAGGCAAGUUCAACACCAUGGCCUCCCACCAGACUGCCAUCCAGACCUACGAAGACUUUGUCAAACAGGUACAACCACAGCACAGGUAUUACCUCAGGGUCAACCCCAGGACAGUUUAAAAAGAAACACCGAAGUAAGCAGUAUUUGUUUGGACAGGAAAUUUUUAUUUUAAGUUUUUUGUUUUUUUUUAAAUUGUGGUUGAUUGUAGUCAUAUUCAGUUUUUCUGUCUUGUGUCUGUCUUGUGUAACUCAGUUUUUAUUUUAGGCUCAUUUUAGUCUGUGUUCAAAUUUAGUCCAGACACUCAGACAGUUUUCUGAUCAUUUUUAUGGAUACAUAUACCCCCUGGUUGUAAAAUUUUGAGUGUAAAGAAAGAGUACCUCAAUAUGUUUGGCCAUCUUGGCUGAACACAAAGUUCAAUGCCUUGAACCUAACUUGAAAAGUGCUAUGAGUCCCAUUUCAUCAACAUUUCAUCUCCAGUACAUAUUUCUUCAUCUAACUGAACUCUGCUACUGUUGAACCCUGAGUCACUUUGCUGAAUGACUCAGGGUCUGAAUAUGAGGCUAAAGAAAUCAAAAAUCAGAUUUUAGUUGGAGGAGGUAGACUUGUACUAUAAAGUUGCUCAGCUCUGGUAAAGACGGCUAACAUAGCACAGUGUGAACACAAUGUUGAUCCCUGGUCCCUCAAAGAAAUCUGAGUGUAAUGAAAAAAACAUUUGAAGAGUUACUGUGUACUAAUGUUAGAUGGUCAUCAAAGAUCCAGGUAUAAAACCAGUACAGGUACCAACACAGGACGGCUAUAGAACAGGUACUGAGAGACAGUCCAGACAUCACUGUUAGUCCUUUUGAUUGUGUGUGUGUGUGUGUGUGUGUGUGUGUGUGUGUGUGUGUGUGUGUGUGUGUGUGUGUGUGUGUGUGUGUGUGUGUGUGUGUGUGUGUGUGUGUGUGUGUGUUUGUUCAUAUUUGUGUGUGUGUGUCUCAGGUGCAGGCAGCAGACUCUGUGUUGGUGGUUGGAGGUGGAUCUACAGGUGUAGAGAUGGCAGCAGAGAUUAAAACAGAGUAUCCAGAGAAGAGGGUGAAGCACACUGAUCUUUGGUUACAGGACACAGUCUCUCUGACCUCUGACCUUUUUAUUCACUGGAGCCUAUUUUACAGUCUACCUCGGCAGUCAGCGCUUAGAUGUCAUGUUAAUUAGGGGCUUGAAUCUGUAAUUAUAGGUUCUCAGAAGUAGGGCUGCAGGAUAUAUCGUUUGAGCAUCAUCAUCGCGUUGUACAUUUGCGCGAUAGUCACAUUGCAGAGCCUGCGAUGUAGAAGGGAAAUAAGCUCAUCUAAUUUCAAGGGUAGCUGACUGAGAUACACUGCAUGUGACUCUGUAUGUGCUGUGCAACGAUCCACCAAUCACAUUCAUUCUUUACUCAGUUGCCAGUCAGACUACCCUGCCAGCCUUAUAUCAAAAUAAGAGAGGAGGAAACCACGCCACUGCACAUGGCCUGCACAUGGAGUGAGUCGCUGGCGCUGUAGGUGUUGUGCCAAGAAAUGCAUGUCCGCCGAAAAUUACUUUCGGAACAUUACUCAUUAUUGUUUAGCCCCACAUAUAAGAACUGUAUGGGUUUUAAGUUGUACAUUUCCGUGGACCACUCCACUAUAAGCAGUGUGCAGUUCUCGGUGGGCAUGCGUUUCUCUGCACAACACCGGUAACAAAAACAACAAUUUCAAAACGAGCAAGGAACAAGAGAAAACCACAGAAAUGAAGAGUUGCUGCCAAAAAGAAGAGGAAAGUCAGUUAUCUGGAAUUAUUUCAGUUAUUAGAAGGAUGAUGUCGACCAAACACGUGUUCUGUGUCGGCAGUGCCUUUCAUCUGUUGCUGCAACGAGAGAUAAGUCCCAGCAUAAUAAAAGCAAGCUAAAAAUAUCUCUGAGACAGACAGAAGUCAUUCUACUUACAUUCACAAAAAGAGGUAAGAUCAGUGCAGGUUAACCUUUCACAUGAUUUCAGCAGUGCAGAAUAACAAAGUCCUAUUCAGUUCAUCUAGUGAAAAUUCCUGUAUUUUUUAAGGGUUGAAAAAAUAUUGCAAUCUUAGUUUUUCCAAUAUCAUGCAGCCCUAGUCAGAAGACAGCUAAAAAAUGUGUGAAUAGGUUGGUUCAUGUAUUUCAAUAGUGAAAGUCUGGAUUCUUUUCAACACUCCUAAUAAAAACAAAAAAGGAGUGAUGCAGCACAGGUGUAACUGCAGCUGCUGUUAAAACUGGUCUCCCUGUGUGCUUCCCUUUUAUCCUGUCUUCACAGGUGUAGAAAAACAAGUGCUCAACCGUUAUUUUUGUCUCCAGGUGAUUCUGAUUCACUCUAGAAUUGCUCUGGCCGACCCAGAGCUGCUGCACAGCGUUAGACAGGAAGCUAAAGUGGUUCUGGUGGAAAAAGGGGUCGAGCUGCUACUGGGUAAGAACAGCUGGCUCUUACCUGUAGACAGGUGUGUGAACUGUCAGGAGCUUAUGCAGCCUGUGUGUUCCAGGUCAGAAGGUGCUCAACAUGUCAGAGCUCGAGUUGAAUGUGACCCGGAAAAACACUGUGGUCACCACGGACAAAGGAACCAGCCUGACCACAGACCUGGUCAUCAGCUGCGUGGGACUGAAGGUCAACUCUGCAGCCUACGCCUCCAGCUUCUGUGAGAACACAUUCAUGUGGAGAACCACAACACUGCAGUCACCUGAAACAACACAACCCCACACACAUCCAGAAAACAGCAAAGUCUUGGACAAAGAUUACUACACCAGAGACUCCGCACAAGUGUGACCAAAUCAAAUCAUAAAGAGAUGGAACUUUAAGAAGUUUGUGGAGCUUUUGCAACAACAUCCCUGUUUAUAGCAAUCUGAGUCUUCAACAGUGAGUCUUUAACUGACUGAGUCUUUAGCUGACUGAGUCUUUAACAGUCUGAGGCCAGCUAUCCACCAGAGGACUUUGAGAAGAUUUGAAAAAGACUUUUGGAAAACUAUCAGCUCACACCUGCUCACAUCUAAAGAGAAGUGUUCAGAGUUUUUUAGUCACAGCCUAGUCUCAGACUGAGAUUUUACAAAGACUGUGAAUCUUGCAGGGUCACUACAACUUGAUUCUUUCAGCAUUCUUUUACAAUUUAGUGUUUCCCACUGGUGGGGAGUCUAUCUGUGGUGGUAGUGUGUGAUUUGAAGGGGGCGCUUCUCAUUCAUUAGCUGUGUAUUCACAUAUAACAACUCGGAACUCGCUAAUGCCAAUACUUGGUACUCGCGCCCCAUGGUGCAGUCCGUGUGCGCUGCAUAAACAGAAACAUACUGAGUCAGAGGUAGCGCAUAAAAAAACUUUAUUGUUGAGCUGUGGCGGGUUCUAUUAGUCAUGGCAAUGUGCCAUUACAUGUAGGGGAAACCCUGCAGAUGAUGUUGAAUAGGCAAAACUGAUCUGCCCACAGCUCCACUAUCCGCACCAGUAAUUCUUCAUACAUUCUUGUUCUUCUUGUUUUGACUGUCAGAUUUCCUUUUCUGCUAAAGCUAAUCUAUUGGUUGUUGGUUGAGUUACAUCAUUGCAACUUGCGAAAAUAUCAAACAUGUUUGAUAUUGAGUCUAGGAAAAGACUGAAAUAAAACAGUGCAGAUUACCGCCUUAAACUUAAUGAUCGAGAUGACAGGAGCACUGUGACACCGCUGUGACUCCACUAAAACUCCAAGAUUUACUUAAAGGGAUAUUCCAGUGUAAAAUUAAUUUAGAGUCAAACACAGUGCAACAAAAAGUUAAGACACCCCCUCCAGAGAUGAAUGUUGACGACCGCUUGCUUCUCUAGUUAUGCCAACUUUAGUAACGACCGCAGGAUAGCAAUACAAGCGGUCUGAGGAGCCAUACACAACCCUUAACCAAAAAGCCACUCUAUAGCCACAACUAAUGCUCAGAACAGCACCUAACUUCAUCAACAGUACAUACAGGGUCCCAGCCAUAGUACUAGCCAUCAAACAUCUUCUUAACUUUGUCUGAUUUCUUUCGCAAAGAGAGUAAACACAACUCACCUACUCUCUUCCAGCAGUUGCUUGUCUGUAGUGAGACCUAAGGCCAAUCCAUAAUGAACUGCAGGGGGGUGACGCAGCUCAAGGAAGAACAUUUGUGAUCAUUUCUUUAUCAUCUCCUUGAAGUAAUUAUCACCAUCAUUUUGCUCUGCAGACGCUGUAGUUCUUCUGCCUUAGCGUCUCUUUCUGAUUGUAGUUCCAUGAAGUAAUGAUUAUAAAUGUUCUUCUUUGAGCUGCGUCACCCCGCUGCAGUCUGUAAUGGAGUGGCCGGAACAUCCCUCAAAGACUUUAAGUUUUUAGUGUUGGACUGUGAAAAUCAUUCAGUGGAAGCCCAGCAUUAGUCUUUAACAGUCUGAGUCUUAAGGGGUGUUCAGACCAAACGUGACCAGGUCACGUCAGGUCGCGGCUGUCCAUAGACUUUGCAUUGGGAGCCGUUGCUGACAUCGCCAAGGUCGCGUUUGGUCUGAACACCCCUUUAAACAGACUGAGUCUUUCAAAGACUGUGUUGUUAAUAGUCUGAUACCGACUCACCUGUGACAGCUGACACACCUGAUACUGACAUAGUGCCCAGUGUUAGUGUCAGGUGUCACUAAGAUAAUUCACAAAUGUUACAGAAUUAUUCAAACUGAUACACAGCAUGUGGCUCUGUGAUCUGCUUUUAUGUAAAUACCCUGUCCUAAUGUGACUCCUCUCUUACUGUUCUUUUUAUCAGGACAGUAAAACCAUGACAUGCAGAGAAAGCAGUAAAAUUUUUCCGCAUCGAGUGAAGUAAUUUGUUCAGUCAGUCAGCAAUAACAUUACUUUCAACAAAGUUCACAUUUAAAAUUAAUGAGUAAUUCAUAGUAAAUACAUUUAGGGAUUAAACUGACUGAAAAGGUGAAGAGGGAUGAUCAGCCUUAUUAUACCCUCUGUAUACCCACAGUACAUACCCAUUACUCCUUUUACUCAGCAUACUGCUAGGAUACUCUCUGAACACUACCUUUAGUUUUAGCAAGUAUACAAAGACAGGAUUCACAGAUUUACAGUUUAUUUCAAUGAAUAAGUAGCUGAAGACACUGCUGAAAAAUACCUUUUUAUCCUAACUUCUCUGUGAAAUUUAAUUUCAACAUACAGUAUUUUAAAUGUACAAAGUGAACAGCCCAUUCUCUCCUUAAAAGGUUGUUUCACAGGUCAGUCAAAGCAUGUCAGUAUGAAAGAAUAAUGACUGUAUAUUGAUGUGAUUAUUUACACUAGAAAUUCAUUACCCAUAAUUGAUCAUACAAACUUUUAAAUGAGGUGUACUCAAACAUUAAUGUAAAGACAGCGUAUUACCAUCAGCAGCAUGAGCUGGAGCUCAUUCUGAACUCUUUUGGUCGAGACUAUUUCCUGGAUGAACCUGCAGAUAAUUUUCAACAUUAGUGAAUUGAUUGAUUUCUUCUUUUUAAAAAUUUGUUUUGGCUCCUUUGAGCCUUUACAGAGAGUAGAGGGCCAUGAAAAGAGUCUGCCACACUCAGCCAUCCACCUGAAGGACCACAGCCCCUGAACUGAACUGAACGUAACGUAUGAUUUAACCAGCAGGUCGAACCAGCUGACUGGUUUAAAACUGUGAACAUGAGAAGAAAUUUAGCCCUCGGAGCUCAGAGUGACUUUUUAAAAACUGGAUUUGUCCAACAAACAGAGUAGACCUCUGAAUUGUAAAUAAUUGAAAAUGAUAUUUCUAAUAAAUGUCAAGAUUAAUAUUUGAUAUGACAUAUAUGCACUCCUUGGUGGGAGCACCACCCAUUAUUUAAACGGUAACACAUUGAAACCGUGGACAACAAAAGAGUAAAUACAUGUAUAUGAACUUCAUCAGGAUUAAUAAUGGAAUUUAUAUGCUCACAUUCAGAUUAUUCAAUGACAUUAUAACCACCUAAUGGUUAAAAAUACUAUAUCAAUUAUUAAAAUCUAAACUCAACAUUUGUUAUGAUUCAAUAAUUUCAACUCUGUAAAGUUCAUGAAACAGUCUUGUGGAUCUAAAAAAUAUAGAAUGAAGGAUUUACUCUUUCAGAGUGAUAGCUUGGCUUGUGGAGCACCUAGAAAAACAGGACACGUCUCAUAUUAACACAAAUUUCAUGAUUAGACAGAUUAGUACAUCACUGAACGCAAAAGUCACUAUCAGUCAUUUUGAUCUUUCACCAAAGGAAUGCAGUUUUUAUCAGUACAUGGUCAAGCAGGGUUUUACGACAGAGGUUUGGUGGUCAGCGUCCUGCUCCUCUGACCUAUCCUUAGCCUCUGUAUGUUCACACACUUUACGACAGUAAAUCUCAAAUGAAAGACCUGGGUUGAGGCAUUAAUGAUUAUUUAGAUGGUCAGUGAUGGAGUCAGUUUGAAAGCUAAUAAAAACUCUCUCUCUGUUCUUCUAAUUGACCAAUUGAGAAGAGUCAGAGGUUUGGGUCAACCUCUGGUUGGACCGUUUGUGUAACCUGAAAGUCCAAACAAGUCUGGAAAGAUUAAUGUGAUCCUGUAUCAAGGGACCAGAAAAAGAACCUUGACCGUGAGGAAUGUGUAUGUUUCACACACACAGGGUUGUGUUGAUGCUACACAGUGAAAGCCGAUGUUUUAGAGGAGAGGAAUGGUGACUGUAGUAAAAUACAGGUAUCUGCAGGAAUUGUCUAAGGAGAAGAACAAGAGUAAAUUAUCUUUUUACUUUGCCUCAUCACUCAGUUCAUGUUCAGUCAGUUUCCCUCCUGCAGACAGCUGAAUGGGAUGUGCAGUUUAGAUACAUGGCCACCUGAGGGCAGUGUCUCCUUGUUUUUAACUGUACUGCAUUUAGAUUAGAGUGAAACAUCUCUGUAGAGAGAUUCUUUACGUCCCAGCCGACUGUCCUCAUGAGGGUCUGCAGGGUCCAGCGCCACCAUCAGGAUAAACACUGUCCUAUACGUGUGUGUUUUUAUUGUUCACACCAUGUACAGACAGGAGCUCAUUCUUGGUACAAAGUCUGAAGUACUGAGGUCAGACGUCACAUGACUUGAUAAUAACACACCUGUAACUUGUAUGUGGAUGUGAUCAGAGGUAUGUUUGUGUGUUCGUUUUGAUAGCUGACUCUCUGGCUGAAAACGGAGCCCUGAAGGUCAACGAGCACCUGCAGGUCAAAGGUCACCCCAAUGUCUAUGCAGUGGGUGACUGCGCUGAUGUUAAUGAGCCCAAGAUGGCUUACCAUGCCGGUCUACAUGCUGCCGUUGCCGUUGACAACAUCAGCAAAAGUCUGAGUGGUAAUCCCUUGACCCCAUACCACACAGGUAAACACACAGACACACCUGUUGGAUGUAAGACUUCCUGUGUUUACCUGAGGUCCUGCUUAUAUGAUGGUUGACUGAUGUUUUUUUUUUUUGUUUUUUUUUGGCAGGUAGUGUCACCAUGUUGCUGGCGAUGGGCCAUGAUGAUGGAGUGGGUCAGUUUAAUGGGUUCAAGUUGCCUCGUUUCAUAGUUACUCUUGGUAAGAGUCGAGAUCUGCUGUUGUGGAAGAGCUGGAGGGAGAUGAAGCAGAAACAGCCCUAACAGGACCAGGACUAGGCUCUCUCCCUCUGUCAGUUUCAGAUCAAGUCUAAAUAUAAACUGAAUAAUCCUCUCAGCUCAGCUUUGUUAUUCUCUUUUAUAAAUGUGUCAAACAAAAAAAUCUAACUCAUAUAAAUAUUUAUAGGUACUGUGAGGAGUUUCCAGCUGGUUGGGAAAUGGUCUAAAACUGAUAGCAAUCCCUCUUUAUAACCUUCAAAAGCAAACGAAACCAUCAGCAACAAGUCUCAUAGUUUCUUAGUUAUCAUUUUUAAUGCCCAAAAUCACUGUGAAUGGAAGGGGGGACACCAGAUAAUUGACAGCAGGCCAAAGAAAAGGCCUUUUUUUAAAUAUCUUUUCAUGACAAAUACAGUAAUUAUUUUCACUGCAAAAGGACACUAUCAACAUUUAACGAAUUCCAUCCUGCUGACAGGGGCGAUGAGUGCAGUGAUUUUCCAAUGAUAGUCCUUCACUGCUGUGUUUUUCACCUGUGCCAUCUCUUGGUUGUUCUUUUACUUCCUGUAAACUCUUGGUGCUGAUUCUCAGGAUGAUCUGCUGAUUGGGGAAUUCCAAUAGAGAGUAGUUUUUCUCCUCCUACCAUCACCUGAGCUUCAUAAGUCGCUAAUCCUAACUUUAACCACUCCAAAAGGCUGUUUCACUGCCGUUUACCAUCACUAAGGAAUAUAUCCACACAGCAGACAUGUCGAAGCCUGUAUUUGGUGUGUCAUGGACGUCAUAGCAUGUCCAUAAUUAAUGCUUUAACAUCACAGCCAUAAACAUCAGCUGGAGUGUUUGUCUCUGAGUAAGUGACUUAUUAACCAUAGCCUCUGAUAGUACAAUGCUAACAUUGUGCAUACUUAGUUCAGAUCUCAACAUUUAAGUUAUCAGUUAUUUACUCUAUUAAACAGUUAGCUGACUUUAUAGAGGUAACUGUGGCAAUAAGUUUUAAGAUAAUUAUGAUAUAGUCUUAUAUACAUGUACAACCUGUUUCUGUGUCAAACUUUGUGCAGAUGUAUUUUUGACUGAACCUUUUUUUUGAUUUUACAAUAAUGCAGUGUGAAAAAAACUCCCAAUAAAGUAGAUGAAGUAGAAAUGUAUAAAGAACAUCUUUAUUAUAUUUUUUUCAAGCAAUAAAAAUAUAUAUUGACCUGA